UUCAGAAGGAAAGGUAGUUACGGAUUUUAAUUGAUGUCCCAGACGAAUUCCCAAGUACACCCAGUCCGCACACACCAGGAGAUAUAUUCAGCAGUACGAGUAGAGAAGCACAUUAAGACCAACGGGUUUCGCCAGUGACGUAUGCUGAGGAGAACUGGUGGGUAGCGUCUUCCUGCCGCACAAAUACUACUCCGCGUUAAUUCAGCCUUUUAAAAGUUCUAUCAUGCACGAGGACCGAGUUUGAGUGUGUCCGCGCGUGUACCUUCGACAUAACCUAUGUGGAAUGCCUACAGCUAGUUCAACAAAUACGAUAAUCAAGGAGAACAAUGGCAGGCAUACUAGAAAAUGUACGAGCAAAGCCCAUGAUCGCAUUUAAUGUAGCCAAGGCCAGGCUGAAGUUUGGCCAAAAUAUAUUCGUGGCUUAAGUAAAAACCGCCGAUCAGGUUGAUUGCUGUUCGCCAUAGGUGGAAGUUUUCUGGACGUCGUACAGGGCGCAGACGAAGAAAACAGUCACGCGGAGGUCCUGAACGCCGCACGUGUGCAAUGGCAGUUCUGGCAGCUUCAAUUACGAACGACUCCGUCAGUAAACCUGUGGGAUUUUAUAUUAUCGGAUUUACGUAUUUAAAGUUUGCCAAUUUAUACUUUAUUUUCCUAACCGUCGUUUAUAUUGUAACGGUUUUGUCCAACUCCUUUAUCCUUGCCAUCAUAUGGAUAGACAAUCGCCUACAUACUCCAAAGUACAUUGCAGUGGCUAAUCUGGCGGUCGUCGACUUGGUGUUCAGUACAACAGUAAUUCCUGGAAUGAUUAAGGCGUUUCUCGCGAAGGAUAACUUCAUUUCCUACAACGCAUGUUUGACACAGAUGUUUUUUUAUUACUGUUUCGUCUCAAUAGAGUCGUUCUCCCUCUGUGUACUUGCAUAUGACAGGUUAAUUGCGAUAUGUUUCCCACUGAGACAGAGCUCCAUCAACACAACCACCGCCAUGAUCAGUAUUUCUGUGACUGUUUGGUCGUUUUGCGUAAGUGUUAUUUUGUUCUCGACCUCACUCAUGACCAGACUGAUUUUCUGUAAUUCGGUCAAUGUGUACAGCUACUUCUGUGACUACGCCCCCGUGUUUAGACUAGCUUGCAAUGAUAACAGUUUGCAGUGGGCCACUGCAACAGCUCUGAGUUUAAUUUUUCUGUUUGGGCCCCUUAGUUUCAUCGUCAUAUCCUACGUCUGUAUUCUGGCAGCCGUGUUUAGGAUGAAAAACGUACAGAGCAGGUACAAGGCACUUGCAACGUGCACAGAACAUCUCGUUCUAGUGGCGAUUUUCUACGUGCCCAUCGUGACGUUGUUCAUAAUAGGGCUUUUCUUAUUCCGCGUCGAUCCGGACAUCAGGAUGGUGAACCUGUCGUUAGCCUCGUGCAUGCCGCCCUGUCUGAACCCCAUUGUGUAUUCCCUGUCAACCAAAGAAAUCAGGAGCAGAAUACUGGCCAUGCUUCAGAAAGUUAAGGUAGUAGCGUGGUCAGGGCCGGCGUAGACAUAGAAGGUUGCCAUAAAUGCUUUCAAAUGGACGCAUUCACUCAGUUUAGGCGUCUUUGCGUCUGGCGUCAAUUGCGCGUGUCUAUGUAAUGAAGUAUGAACUGCAUUUUAUUUGAAAUAGAUGAUCCCCCACCCACACCCGUCACCCUACCAUAGCCAUACCAUUUGAAUGUUUAAACGCUGGAUUGUGAGCCGUCUCAAUUAUUUGGUGUCAACUGCUUCAAUGUCCGUUGUUGGUCUGUUUGUGUAAUAGUGUAAUUUACCAUGACGUCACUGUCAGUGAGACAUUGUUCUCAGCUGACCUACCUGGUUAAAUAAAGA